CAAGCUCACUCCACUCAGCAGUGUCUCCACUCCACUCGAGACAAAGCCAUGGCAUCUCCCGCUCCAAGCUCGGCAAGUCCGCUCCUCGCCAUCGCCAUCCUCGCCGUGUUCGUCUCCGCCACCACAGCCGGCCCGGCGUGCUCGGAGUCCGACCGUGACGCGCUGCUGUCGAUCCGCGCGGCGCUGUCGGAGGCGCACCUCGGCGUCUUCUCGUCGUGGAAGGGCGCGGACUGCUGCGCCAACUGGUACGGCGUGAGCUGCGACCCCACGAGCGGCCGCGUGGCCGACCUGACCCUCCGCGGCGAAGGCGAGGACGCCGUCAUGGCCCCCGACGGCCACCCCGCCUCGGGCGUCAUGUCCGGCUACAUCUCCGACCACGUCUGCCACCUCGACGCCCUGUCCUCUCUCAUCCUCGCCGACUGGAAGCAGAUAUCCGGGCCCAUCCCGUCCUGCGUCGCCACCUCCCUUCCCAACCUCCGUAUCCUCGAGCUCCCCGCCAACCGCCUCACGGGCGAGAUCCCGCCGUCCAUCGGCAGCCUCUCCCGCCUCAUCGUGCUGAACCUCGCCGACAACCUCCUCUCCGGCGCCAUCCCCAGCUCCAUCGCCUCCCUCGCAUCCAUCAAGCACCUCGACCUCGCCAAUAACCAGCUCACCGGCACUAUCCCAGCCAACAUCGGCAACCUCGCCACGCUGAGCCGCGCGCUGCUCAGCCGGAACCGGCUGUCAGGGCACAUCCCUCCGUCCGUCGGGACCCUCACCCGGCUCGCCGAUCUCGACCUCUCCGAGAACCACCUCACCGGCGCCAUCCCGAACAGCCUCGGGUCGUCGGGAAGCGGCGUGCUCACCUCGCUGUACCUCGGCGGCAACCGCAUCUCCGGGCGGAUCCCGGCAGGGCUGCUGGGGACGAAGGGGCUCGCGAUCGUGAACCUGAGCCGGAACGCCGUGGAGGGCCCCAUCCCGGACGCGUUCACGGGCAAGUCCUACUUCAUCGUGCUGGACCUGUCGCGGAACCGGCUGACCGGCGGCGUGCCGCGGUCCCUGGCGUCGGCGGCGUACGUGGGGCACCUCGACCUCAGCCACAACCGGCUGUGCGGUACCAUCCCGGCGGGUCCGCCGUUCGACCACCUCGCCGCCGAGUCCUUCGCCAGCAACAGCUGCCUCUGCGGGGCCCCGCUCGGCAAGUGCACGUGAACGUCCAUACGUGACGAGAGGUGGAUCGCGUCGGCCCGACUUCGAAUGAUUUUUACUGAUGAUGUGCCGUAGCCAUGUACCAAGGUCCAAGUACCGUGCGGCGCGGGGCCUGCCCUAACUUGAACAAUAGUUUUUUUUCUUUGACUUGGACUAUAGGUUGGGUAUAUGGAAGAAGAUAAAUUUAGUGUACUACCGAUCGACGAUCGUGUGUGAGCGAGGAAGCGGCAAGGAAAUGGAGAUAAUCCCUCCUCCUUCCUCCCUUCCUCUUCAUUUUCCGUUUCCAUUUGCCAGUGAUUUCCAUGUUUUUUUUGUGGGUUGCAGUGAUUUCCAUGGCUACUGGAGUGUGCUGCUACUAUCAAGUUGGGACUGUUACAGGGCUA